CAGCCGCCAUCUUGCCCGCGGUGGCCGCCGCUGCGAGAGGGAGGCGUGUCAGGCCGGCUCUGCUGCUCCGAGGUGUGGCUUCCAAGCUGGGGGAAGGCUCUGUUGAUCGUGAGGGUAGGUGGAGGAGAUGGCGGCGACGGCGCGGGAAGAUGGCGUCCUCAGCCAGGAGCGAGGGCGGCGGGGCUGCGAGCACUACGACCGGGGCUGUCUCCUCAAGGCACCUUGUUGUGACAAGCUCUAUACGUGCCGGCUGUGUCAUGACAACAAUGAAGAUCACCAGCUGGAUCGUUUCCAAGUAAAGGAAGUGCAGUGCAUCAACUGUGAAAGACUCCAGCAUGCCCAGCAGACUUGUGAACAUUGUAGCACACUGUUUGGAGAAUAUUACUGCAAUAUAUGCCAUCUGUUUGACAAAGAUAAGAAACAGUAUCAUUGCGAGAACUGUGGAAUUUGUAGGAUUGGUCCAAAAGAAGAUUUUUUUCACUGCUUGAAAUGUAACUUAUGCCUAGCCAUGAAUCUUCGAGGAAAACAUAAGUGUAUUGAAAAUGUUUCUCGGCAGAAUUGUCCAAUAUGUUUGGAGGACAUUCACACGUCCCGCGUUGUUGCUCAUGUCUUGCCGUGUGGGCAUCUCUUACAUAGAACGUGUUACGAAGAAAUGUUAAAAGAAGGCUACAGAUGUCCACUGUGUAUGCAUUCUGCCUUAGAUAUGACGCGGUACUGGAGACAGCUGGAUAAUGAGGUCGCACAAACUCCUAUGCCGUCCGAGUACCAGAAUAUGACUGUGGAUAUUCUCUGCAAUGACUGUAAUGGGCGAUCCACAGUCCAAUUCCAUAUCUUAGGCAUGAAAUGUAAGAUCUGUGAGUCCUACAAUACUGCUCAGGCUGGGGGCCGCAGAGCUGCAGUGGACCAGCAGUGAGCAGCCUGUCCUCGGCUGGAGGACAGCUCUGUGAUGUAGAUAAACUCUGUGUAAAAGACCCUGUUGUCACAUUGUGUCCUAACUGUGAUGUUGCAAAGCAGCAGGCCAUAUUAUAUGUACCUACGGAUUCAAGCUCUCUGGAUGGAAUUACCGUAACUCAUGCUGGAUGAAGCCGAUGCUGAUGUGUUGAUCGGAAGUUCUUUUAGUCAAGUUUUGAAGUCAAUGAUGUUUGCCUCAGAUAUAGUCACACACAUAGAAAUAUUUUAUAUUUUCAUGGAACUUUAAGUGAUACAAUGCACACAGAGUUCAUUUCUAGUUCUUGAUAGUCUUUGAUUUUUAAGGACUGUAAUAUAAUUUUAAAGUUCUUAUUGUUAAAAUCUAAUGGUUUUGAAUUUUCUAAGACAGUCCUUUGGAUCCUACAAGUGAGUUUUUGUGUAAAAACUACCAAUAAAAUUAUACUGAGACAUUG